CCUAGUACUUCUAACCUCCCUGGGAAGAAUACCUCUGGUUUAAUAGUAAAAUAAAAUAAAGUGUUCACUUAGUGGAAAUUCACUUCGAAGUCCACGGCCUUUGAGUUUCCGUUUUCGUGUUGCGACAGUCUCUCACAGAUCCGUCUUGUCACGUCCACGACGAUAGGUAGCGCUCGGCACCACUCCAAGUUCAUUGCGACGAACCCUAACGCUGCUGCCCAUCCAGCCGUUUGAACUUGCCGAAACCUGUUCGCGCGCUAACGCUGUUUGAUUUCCCCGGAGUGAGAUGUAUUCCCCUUAGUGAAGUAUUUGCCUGUGUUCUGCAGCGCGAGCUUCAUCUCCACGUGCUCCGAGCUGGUGCACAACUUUCUGUGGUAUUUCAGAAGUGAAGAGUGCGCGUGCACAGCUUUGAUCGGCGCUCCAGAUACGCGAGCGCCUGUGCGCCCAUAUCUGUGACUGCAUAACUGCAUAGCCACAAAGAGUCUUUUCCACUGUUCUGUUUAGGCGUUCCGGCCUUCCAAAACACUUUCAAAAGUGGUGCAGUUGAAGACGAAGUGCAGCGGACUUUGAUGAGCGACGUGAGGGGCGAUGUCGCGUCGGUGCUGCGUGAAGGACUGUCCCAGCACUGGCCUACCCGAAAGUGCCCCUCUACACAAGCUUCCAAAAAAUGAAGCGGAGAAGGCGGCUUGGCUGGAGGCAAUUCCUGCAGGACAAUUCCAAGGCUCAGGAUCGUGCAUUUUCGUUUGCUGUCGCCACUUCAUCGAUGACGAUUACGAGACAAAUCCGAAUGUUGCUAGGGCGUUGGGAUUUCGAUCCCGUCAUCGUUUGAGGCGUGGGGUCGUUCCAACGAACUUUCCAAUCCAAGACCCAUCACGCGAAGCAAUGCGAUCAAGAUUAAAGGAAUCUCCGUGUGACACUGAUGGACCAGGAGCAGCUGCAACUGAUCAGUCGUCGAGCUGGGCAGCUGAAGAAACUCAAGAAUAUCUGGCUGAUGACACACCCUCUGCAAGGAGUACUUCAGAUGAUAUUCAUUUGGUUAUAAUGAUGGCACACACUGAACCAAUUGCAAGGUGCACUAUGACAGACAAGGCAGCAUGGGCUUUCACUCCCACAAACGAAAUGGGAACUGCAACAGAUACCCAAAAUCAUUCUUGUGUCUCAACGCAAGCUGACAUGCUGAGAGAGACAAAGGUGAUGGUCACCCGUGGUACUCAGACAGAUUAUGCACAAAUAUCUUUUCCUGAAGCAUUGGAGAUUUGUCCCUCCCUUUUUUGGCUUGCCAUCACCUGUGCGAGACCAAAGUCGUAGACAUAAGGAUGAGGCCACAGGAGAGAUGUGGCUCAAAUUUCAUCCCGAGUCAGCCAUACCGACGGUGCUUCCAGUUGAAACAGAGCCCCCAUUCUUGACCCAGCUGCUCUUUGGGACGGAGUCUCUGCUAAACCUGCCAGAAGACAGAAUGGUUUCGCUACGGAUGAAGUUUCCCUCGAAGACACAGCUUCUCUCGGAACUCAUACCUGAUGCUGACCUUCUGCACCAAGCUGACCUCAUCUCCAAAGUCUAUCCCUCUUCUGCAGCUUACCUCGCAUCUGAAUUCGUUCCAUCGCCUGAAGCUGACAUUCGCUCCAAAGCCUAUUCAUACUCUGAGGCUGACCUUCCCUCAGGGGUUGAUCCAUAUUCUGAGGCUGACCUUUCCUCAGAAAACUAUCCCUUCUUCGAAGCUCACCUUCCAUCCGAAGUAGAUCCCACCUCUGAGGUUGACCUCAUCUCUGAAGUUGGAUCGUUUCUCCAGAGCUGGUCCCCUCUCCGAAGCUGAUCUCCCCCUCUAUAAAAGAAUCGUGCAAUGCUGCAGACUGGACCUACUGCCCCUCAGGGGUGACACAGAAGGUGUUAUGAAAUCACCAUCUCAGCUAGCGACCGGCGGGUCUUCACGAACAA